AUGCUAUUCUCUUUGCUCCUUGGUGCUUCAGUGGUACAGGCAUCCCUGCAAUCACUGACUUCGUUCUGCGGAACCCCGAAUCCCAGCGACGCGCAAAUCGCCAGUUCGCACACCGGCAGAGAUUUGAGUCACGGGGGCGGCAGCCUCCUCGCCGCCAACAUUUCCGUUACCGUCUAUCUCCAUUCAAUCGCUCCGAAUGAAACAGCUCUCUUAAGUGUAACCGCCGCCGCCUUCAAAGCUGCAAAACCGACCACGGAUGUCAAAACUAACCAAGUAUUCCAGCAAGCCACGCUCGAAGAACAGUUCCAGGUUCUGCAUGAUGUGUAUAGCAGAUACGGUAUCACCAUGAAACUAGGCGGCACGUCGCGCACCGCAAACGCGAGCUGGUCGACCGUCACCAACCUAACCGACGAGCUCGCCAUGAAAUCCGCGCUUCGUCAGGGCAACUACCAGACGCUCAACCUUUACGUGCAAAGCAUCUACCCGACCCUGGGCCGCUGCUUCUACCCCGAGGCAGACGCGGUGCCCGGGUCCGAGACGUUCACCUUGGACGGAUGCCAGAUCGACGUCAGCACGGUUCCCGGCGCCGACUCACCCACGGGAAAUGAUCGCGGAUACAUGGCGGUCCACGAAGUCGGACACUGGUUCGGCCUGCCGCACACGUUCCAAGGAGGGUGUCAGGGGACGGAUUAUGUCGAUGAUACGCCCGCGCAGGCUACGCCUUCGUGGAACUGCACGGUCGGUCAGGAUACGUGCCCCGACUUGCCAGGCCUGGAUCCUCUCUACAACUUUAUGAAUUAUCAAGCAGACAAUUGCUGGAACGAGUUUACUCCUGGCCAGCUCAAGCGAAUGCAGGAGCAGUGGACAACUUUCAGGGCGAAUAGCACCGUCUAG